AUGAGUUUGGCCGUCCGACGAGCGUUCCGGCGCAUCGAGGUUCCGCGCGAGACGGAUGUUUCGACAACAGCCUACAUGAACCACGAUACCAGACCACUGCCACCAUCUCGCCGGACAUAUGGUCCUUGGCAGUUCGUGGGGCUCUGGGUCGUUACUGGAUCCUUCAACAUUGGCGGGUGGACCACCGGCUCUGCCCUAAUCGCACUCGGACUCAACGUAUGGCAAGCUAUGCUUACGGUCAUCAUCGGCCACUGUCUUGUCGGUCUCAUCUGCGUGUUGACAGGCGCGCCGGGUGCGAAAUGGCAUAUCGGUUUCUGCAUCCUGCAGAAGUCGAGCUGGGGCAUGUGGGGAGCCUUCAUCCCCAUGGUGCAGCGCAUCAUGCUCUCCUUCAUCUGGUACUCAACCCAAGUCUACUGGGGAGGACAGUGUGUGCGGACCUUCAUCUCAUCCAUCUGGCCCUCUUUCAACAGGCUUGACAAGCCGCUCGCUGACGGCACAAUGACGGUUGCCGACUUUACGGGCUUCAUCAUCUUCUCGCUGCUCUGUCUGCCUCUUAUCUACAUCCGUCCCGAGCGCUACCACAUCCCGUUUGCCAUUGCCGCCCUGACAGUCAUCCCUACCGUCGUGACCAUCUUUAUUUAUUGCCUUGCGACCGUGGGCGACCUGGGCCCCAUGGCCUCCGAUAUCACGGCAACCGCCGGUAUCAAGCAGGCCACCGGCUCUCAUCUCGGCUGGAUGCUCUUGCUCGGCAUCUGCACCAACAUUUCCGGCAUCGCCACCCAUUUGUACAGUCAGUCCGACUAUACGCGCUUCGCCCGCAAACCCCGCGACCAGAUCCUUGCUCAGCUCCUCUUCGUGCCGACCAACACCAUCUUCGUCGCCUUUGUCGGCAUAGUCUGCACCUCGUGCGCCGCUGAACUCUUCCCUCACACCCGCGGCACCCUCGUCUGGGAGCCCUACCGCUUCCUCGACGCCCUGCAGGUCCACCACGACGAUUCGCCGCGCGCGCGCGCCGCCGUCGCCUUUGCCUCGCUGGCCUUCAUCCUCGCGCAGUUCGGCAUCGCCGUCGCGCAAAACGCCCUCUCCAACGGCAUCGACCUGUCGGCCCUCGCGCCGCGCCUCUUCAACCUCCGCCGCGGCGGCUACCUCACCGCCGCCUGCGCCUUCAUCCUGCAGCCGUGGCGCCUCAUGAACGGCGCCAGCAAGUUCCUCACCGUCAUGGGCGGCUACGGCGUCUUCCUCGGCUCCAUGACCGGCGUCAUGUUCGCCGACUACUACCUUGUGCGCGGCCGCCGCCUGCGGCUGACGCACCUGUACGAGCUCUCGCCGCGGAGCUCGUACUGGUACUGGCGCGGCGUCAACUUCCGCGCCGUUGCCGCCUGGGUGCUGGCGACGUGGCCGCUCAUGCCGGGGUUCGUAUGGCGGGUUGAGGACCCGACGAGGGAGGAGACGGGGUGGUCGCAUCUCUACUACAUGGCGUGGCCGGCUGGGCUGUUCCUCGCCAUGACCUUCUACUGGAGUAUGUGUAGGAUCUGGCCCGUGGAGGGGGCUGGUCUCGUCGAUGAUGAGGAUUACUUUGGCACGUUUGGCGACGGGCACAAGACUGUUAUCCUCAGUAAGAGCGCGCCGACGGAGACGUCAUACGAAGUCGAGAAGGGGGUUACGAAUAGGCAGGAUGGGGGUGUUCAGCAGGUUUUGUGA